AUGGUGAGUACUAAUCAGGUUCACCGCGAUCUUUUCGCUUUGAAGAGAGCAUACGCCGCGCUACGCCCCCCGGCUCAGAUCAAGUUUCCCGGUUACCUCUGCUUCUCAACCGCCCAUGAUUUUCUUCUCCGAUCAAUCUUACUUGACCCGCACUUGCAACGAUAUCCCCCGUCGAGGCUGUACCAAACGGUGUUCUGGAAAUGGGCUAUAGCUCAUUUGGAAGGCUUCGACGAAUUGAAACAAAACCAGGCGCGUUUUGACUUGGAGAUUGAUUCUCAAAUAUUCGAUCAUUAUACGUCUCUCAUAAUCCCCUUGAGCCCCGUCGCACCAGAUCUUCAUACAGGACCUCAACCACCAUCCCAAUCCUUCCUCACACAUUAUUGGUGUACCAACCAUGGAGACGUCGGACAAUGUGAGGCAAAAUCUGACGACAUCGACACUUCCCAAUACCGACUCGUAACGGUGAUGGAAUCUCGUACCACGAUUGAACGUGGAACUACUGGAUUACGAACAUGGCUAGCAAGCUUCGUACUUGCUCACUACCUGACGCUGAACCCCGGCCUAGUGAUUGGAAAACGCGUACUGGAGCUAGGAUCGGGUACAGGCUUCUUGGGUAUCGUUAUCGCUGCUAUCCAAGGAUCCUCUCCCGGUGCUUUGUGGCUAACGGACGUCGAGGAGAGCGUGCUCAAUCGCUGUCGUGAAAAUGUACAGCUGCAAUGCAAACCAUCAUCAUCGAAUACAAAUAUCCGGUACAUGCUCCUAGACUGGUUUGACGCGAUCGACCCUUCUCGACGAACCCGUGUUGAAGAAUUCGAGAACAGCACCCAACCGGAUAUCAUUCUUGGAGCAGAUUUGGUGUUUGAUUGCUCCCUGCUAGCCCCACUAGUUGCUACUUUGGAGCUACUUUUGGAGCCCAGCUCCCACAGGAUUGCUAUAAUCGCUCUGACGGUGAGGAACGAGGAUACACUCGCAAAGUUCCAUGAAUCUGCUAGUUCGAGUCCUUCACAUUACCCAUCUGCACCGUCUUUCGAGAUAUGGGAAGAUGGCACGGACGUCAAUAAGGGAGUCAAAAUAUACAAAAUCUAUGGUACGAAGGUAUCUGCAGAAGAUCAUGUGGCGUAA